CUCUUGAGGGAGGCCUCCAAGGCGGGUCUGCCUCCAAAGGGGAGGCUUUUCCAGGAACCCUGGCUCCUCCUCCUCCUGCUGCUCCUGGAGGGCCUUUCCCGAGCCUCCCAGAGCCCAGGGCCGGUCAAAAUGGGAUUCAUCUUUUCCAAGUCUAUAAAUGAAAACCUCAAGAGUCAACAGGAGUUCAUGCUUAUGAACUCUCGGCUUCAGCUGGAACGGCAGCUUCUGAUGCAAAACCAAAUGCGAGAGAGGCAGAUGGCUAUGCAGAUUGCUUGGACACGGGAAUUUCUCAAGUAUUUUGGAACAUUCUCUGGCCUUGCUGCUGUGGGUCUAACAGUUGGGGCAAUUAAAAAGAAGAAUCCUGCACUCUUUCUUCCAAUGGUUCCUUUAGGUUUUAUACUUGCCUAUCAAUAUGAUAUGGGUUAUGGAUCACUCCUGCAAAGAAUGAAGUGUGAAGCAGAGAAUAUACUUGACACAGAAUGCACUGCAGUAGAAAUGCCAAAAGGACCCAUCACUUUUGAAGGCCUUGAAAAAGCCAGGAGAGCGCAGAGCAAGUUUUUUAUUGAAAAAUAGUUUGGUUGCAAACAAAUGCGUGAAAGAAUAAAAUACAUAUUUGUAAUCAUGUUACUGACUUAAAUGAGCUGACCCAACAGUGCGUGAGUAAUACUUGUCCAUCAUGGCUAAAAUGUAACCAAUCACCUGUUUGAGAGGAAACAAAAGUGGAGAGACUAAAAGCUGACUGGUGAAGUUUUGACCUUUUUAGAAAAUGGGGUCCAUGUGCCAGUACUAUCGUAAGAUCACAGAAGAUAACUACAUGCACAGCACCCUUGCUGGAUGGGGGCAAACAUACUUUGAAUACUAUCUAAAUGUAAUGUGCUUUAUAAAAUAAAACUGAUUUAAUACAAUA